AUGGGGGAGCUUGGGGCGGCGAAUCCAAAGGGCAACGGCCCUCCGGAGGAGGCGCGUGCGGGUUUCGGCUCCGGGUGGAAGUCCUGCCCGCCGCCUGAUCUAGCUUCGAUUGGGGCGGAGUGUUUGUCGGCUGCGGAGGAAGCGGCGGAGCAAGUGUUGAAUUGCGUGCACCCCACACUUGACUCUGAGGAGAAAAGACGAGACGUCGUUGAUUAUGUUCAGCAGCUCGUCCAAAACCGUCUUAAUUGCGAGGUAGUUUCCUACGGUUCAGUGCCACUGAAGACGUACCUACCUGAUGGUGACAUUGAUUUGACUGUCCUCAAAGACCCUAAUGCUGUGGAAUCUUUGGCCCACGAUGUCCUAGCUCUUUUACAGGAUGAAGAGCGGAAUGAAAACGCAGAGUACCAAGUAAAAGAAACCCAAUUCAUUGAUGCUGAGGUUGUUAAACUUGUAAAAUGCUUCGUAAGGAACUAUGUGAUUGAUAUAUCAUUCAAUCAGUUGGGUGGACUUUCUACACUUUGUUUCCUCGAGCAGGUAGAUCGCCUUGUUGGAAGAGACCAUCUCUUUAAACGUAGCAUUAUUCUGAUUAAGACUUGGUGCUAUUAUGAGAGUCGUAUCCUUGGUGCUCACCAUGGUUUAAUUUCUACAUAUGCUUUGGAGAUACUUGUCCUGUACAUAUUCCAUCAUUUUCAUUCAUCGCUAACUGGCCCUUUAUCUGCACUCUACAAAUUUUUGGAUUACUACAGCCAAUUUGAUUGGGAAAAUUAUUGCAUCUGUUUGAAAGGUCCAGUUUGUAAAUCCUCCCUACCUGAUAUUGUUGUGAAGAUGCCUGAAGGUGGGUGUAAUCAUCUGCUGCUUAGUGAAGAAUUUCUUAAGAACUGCUUGGAAUUGUUCUCAGUUCCUUCUAGGGGGAUCGAGGAGAACUCACGAGCGUUUAAACCAAAACAUCUUAAUAUAAUUGAUCCACUAAAGGAAAAUAAUAACCUUGGGCGCAGUGUGCACAGAGGUAAUUUCUACCGCAUACGGAGUGCAUUCAAGUUUGGGGUUAAUAAGCUCGGUCAAGUUCUUUUACGAUCAAGAGAUGAAGUUGCUGACGAGAUCUACAAAUUUUUCAAAAAUACCCGUUCUAGGCAUGAACGUCAGUACAAAAGUAGCCUUAGGCAUUUGGCCUUCGAUUUUGGGGAUGAAGAGUCUUUCACCGAGUCUUUAUCUUCCCAAGUUGAAUUAUUCUCCGAGGACGAUGACAUGCUUCUAAAGUCAUCCGCCAGUGAUUUUGAUAACAUAAGUGUUAGCACAGAACAUAUUCCCAAUAUGGAUUUGAGGAAUGGGGUGAUAGAUAGACACUCAGCAGGAGAAGUUUCCCCCAAAAUGGCAUCUGAGGUUUGUUACUCUGCAGAUGACAUUUUUGUUUCGGGAUAUUGUCUUUUGGGGGCCAAACAUGUCCUUGCUACAUCCAACUCAAGUAGCAAUUACAGUGCGUCUCUUUCAGAUAACCAUAUUCCCAAUCCACAUUCAACCAAAUCCUCUACUGAAAAUGGAAGCUCAGAGGCUCAACAGUCUGAUUUACCAUCGACUGAUUCGGACAAAUUUGGCUCCAUUUCUUGGUCGGACUACAGAAACCAACUCAUGGAGAUGAAAACUACUUACCGAUGGUGUGUGGACAAUUCUGAGGCUGUCUGCUUGAAGGGCAGUGUUUUGGAAGAUAUGUAUUUGGAUUUUAGAGAAAUGGACUCUGCAAGCAUUGGAGGGGACUCGGAGGCUUUCAAUCCUCUGGCCGACCUCAGCGGAGAUUAUGAAGGCAAUAUUAGAAGUUUGCUACGCGGCCAAUUUUGCCAUGGGUUUUCUGUGUCCUCGAGCGCCAAGAGCCACCACCCGCCUUCUCCCACAAUCCAAAAUAGAAAACCUUGGGAUGUUGUUCGUCAAUCGAUGCCUCUUCAAGUGGACUGUAAUAGUAAUAAUAAUAAUAACAAUAAUUUCUCUCAGAUGAGUUACCAAAUGGUAUCAACUGGUCACACUCUGUACUCCGGUCCUCAUUCUCGCUUGUCGGGCAAUGCUUUCCAUUUCGAUGGGAAACAGAAGGCUCGAGGAACUGGAACCUACUUUCCGCAUAUGAAUGUAGUCUGCAUGGAAAGAUCUUCAUACGGGAGGGGCAAGAACAAGGCACCGGGCAAUGAGAAUCACUUCCACAGGUAUGGUCAUGCCAAUGGUAAUAUAUAUCCAGCUGGCGAGACAAAGUCUUUUGAAAACGGUGGUUAUGAAGUUUUCCCUGCAAGGAAAAAAUAUUAUGGGCGAAAGAGGAAAUCGGAUGUACGGUCCCAAUCUAGUUAUUCGGUAAAAGGUGGGAAUCAAGACAACGGCUGUUUGAGCGCGUUGUGCAGAAUCAAGUUUGGAUCUCUUGGGAAUUUGGGCGAAGAAGUGAUUUCACGUUCAGCUCACAUUGGUGGCUCGACGGUGGAUGCAUCCCUUAGACCACAGGGUUCACCAGCAGUUUUGAUUCGACAAAGGGUUGCAGGACAGUCAAUUCGUCUUAAGAACGAAGAUGAAUUCCCUCCACUGUGCCAAUAG